GAUCACCCUAACUUUUUAAUGUAGACUUGCCAUAUUUGCCUAGCUUUUUGCUAGAGAACCCUCCGGUGAACUCCCCCUUGCCCCUCCGAUUUAGAAAUAAACCUUGCCUUUAGAAAUACCCGUCCGUCGGCACCCAUAUCUCCAUCUCAAUCCCUCAUCCCGUCCGCUCACUCCACCAAGAAGGUCCAAGAACGUGCAGAGACUUGUGGCCGUUCACCUCAAAGGGCUAAAUAUGUAAAUCCACGCUCUCCUUUCUUCAUCUUCUCCUUCUUCUAUUUUGUUUACCCUCGGUCACACAAGAUAUACAUUUGAUACCCUUCCAGAAAAGAGUCUGCUCGGACAACUCAAAAACGUAUAUAUAUUAAUUUUAACUUAUUUGCCAUAUUUAGCUUCAUUCCUGUCGGUAUACUCAAACGGUCAAUGCUUCCUCGGUUCCUCCUUAUUUGAUCAUCCUGCCCCAGCUCCACCGCUACCACUUCACGCGCUCUGGGAAUCGAAAAGCGCUUAACUACGCCCCUUAAAUAAGGAAGCGCCUUCGUUCUUACUUAUUCUCUGUGUUAUAUUUCAGAUUGGCCCUCUUUGCGUGGGCUCCGUCAUGCAAUCGGCCGUACCUGAUUUUUCAUUUUUCUCAGGAGUGAUUGAAGCCCCCGGAGAUAAAAUGAGCACGAACAAUGCUCCACGGCCUAGACUGGCCCUGUCCUCGGCCGAUACGACCCAGGUCCAGGAACGGCAGCCGAGGAGAUGUCGUACCAGCAAGCCGAAAGUCAAAACAGGUUGCAAUAAUUGCAAACAACGACGUAUUAAAUGCGACGAGCAACGGCCAGCAUGCACUCAGUGUGUCCGGUCUAAAAGGGACUGCGCCGGCUAUCCGCCUCCUCCACGGACUAGACACACCGAUAGGAGACUGAUUGCGCCUGCGCCUAGGACUAUCACCGGCCAUGAUACUUCCAUCACGCCAACGAACCAUGUCAUCCGGCCUCAGCCUCAACCGCGGCUAGCGGUCGUGAUGGCACGACCGGAACCUCAACAGCAGCUGUGCGCCAAAGGCCUUACUCCCCCGCAGACACCCUUAUCUAGUUCAUUAACAGUCCAUCGGCCGUCCCUACUCACCUUUGAUCCGAUAGAAGGCCCGUAUUUCCAACUUUUCAGAGAGCGUACAGCUAGUGAGUUGUCGGGAUUCUUCGACUCGUCCUUCUGGACAAGGAGUGUUCUACAAGAAUGCCAUUCCGAGAAAGCUAUUCGGCACUCGGUUGUCGCUUUAGGGGCUCUUUACAAGACAUUGGAGAAAAUGUCGGAGUCGCCGCCCAAUUCGCCAGCUCCUAUAGUCGAUCUGACAGAUAAUGCGGCCCGGCACUGGGAGGUCGCCUUUAAGCAUUAUUCAUUGGCUCUGAAUUCGAUGUGGGUUAUGACUUCCCAGGACCAGGCGUCGCAGAGGAUGAGUCUCAUGGCGGCGGUGUUGCUGGCUUGCUUUGACUCGUUCAUCGGUGACCAUAAACAGGCGAUCGGCCAAAUCCAAAGCGGUCUCCGGCUGCUAGAAAAUCUGCGUGCUCAGCGUAGAAAUUCUUUCCUUCCUAAACCUGAAGAGCCGGUUGAACAGGAUCUUGUUCAGAUGUUCACUCGGUUGGCCAUUCAAGCGAAAUCUUACGACAUGGCUUUCCAUUUCCCUCAACCAUUCGUUAUACGCCUUACUCCACAGCAUACCGAGCACCCCAUGUCCCCCCUCUCCGAUGGGGGUUCACCGGCGUUAACAGCCCAACCGCAGACUCCAGACAUAUUUCAAUCGUUACUCGAAGCGAGAAUGGCAUGGGAUAAUCUGUGCGAACAGAUGAUGCGGUUUACAGAAAACCUGUUCACAUUUACGACGGCGAUGAGCCCCAUGGGCGUGCUUCCAAAUUCUUUAAGACAGUAUGGUACGGGCUUCGCCGAUAGAAUAUCCGCCUGGUCCAGGGCUUUCGAACCUAUACUGUCAUCUCGUAUAAUACCCGCGAAGAGUAGCCAAGAGAAAACCGCAAUCGCUGUUCUGAAGAUGAAUCAGAUCAUGGCCGAGAUUCUAUUUUAUAUGACAUUUAGUGAUACAGAGCUUCAAUUCGAUACAUACCUGCCGCAAUUUAAGGACAUUGUUAACCUAGCUAUGGAGGUUGUCGGAGAUGAAGAGCGCAGGGCUGCUGCGAAGCGAUGUCCGAAUCCGGAAUUUUGUCAUCAUCAGCCAACUCAUCCAGACGCCUUUGGCGGACAGUACACAGCUCGACAUAUCAAGCCGAGCUUUAGCGCAGAUCUGGGCAUCGUCCCUCCUCUUUUUGUUGUUGCCACGAAAUGUCGAGAUUCCGUAACCCGGCGCCAGGCUAUACAACUGCUGCGAACUAGCUCGCGAAGAGAAGGUAUGUGGGAUAGUGAACUAGCGGCUCGUAUAGGUAUGUGGAUUAUGGAAAUAGAAGAGGGCGAUGAUGGCGCCGAUGACUUCGGACGUCCUACGUCGAGCUCAACCGAUAUGAGCAGACUUUCUACGGGAAGCCCUAGCGCCCAAACUGCUAGAUCUCCUAGCUUUGGAAACGAUACUCCCCUCGGUCCCGGCGGUAAUGCCCGCUGGGCAGGUCGAAGGGAGAGUGUACCGAUAUCACCGUAUGUGAGGGGGGCUAUACCGGAGGAAAGGCGUGUUAUGGUACGGGCUGUCGAGUUCGAUCUUCGCGAACGUGUUGCAACGAUUCAAUGCGGCACACGAGGACUGAUCCCCGGCAUGCGGGACCCGCGAACACAAGCCACUAGGAUCGAGUGGUGAAAAUCUAUUUCGUCACUUAACUACCUAAAACGAUACUGCAAAGUAAUCAAAAGCUGGUCUAACUUGUGCAUACCACCUUGUCUGCCUCCUAGAGGGGUUUUACUUCGAUUCGGAUAUUUGGAUUUAUUGGCAGGACCAUUCGUUAAACACUACAAGGCUGGUUACGAGAAGAAGGGGAAAAGAAAUGAUUAAUGUUGGAAUGUUAGGAUUGUAGGGAACAGAAAAAUGAUGUUGUUUCCCAAAUAUCUAUCUGUAUUGUUGUUGGUGCUAUAACUUAGACUCUAAAAGGGUUCUAUUUGAUGUUAACAUGAUACCAUAGAGAAGAAUAAUAGGGCUGCCAACGUCUGGUGAGAUGUAUAAAUUUUGGAUGCAUAGGUACCUACCCAAUAGUUAAAAAGACUCCUUCUUGUAUAUGUCUGGUAGGCUCACUUUGCAAUUGUAUGUUCAAUCAGCCAUUACUUACCUCCAACGGUUAAGCUAGUUGACCCAAAAAUGAGCCAUGCUUGAGAUUGAAGGGGGAUUAUAAUA